AUGACAGCUUGCCUAUCACAGAUAAAAAUGACACAGGAUCUGACCAGACUAAACUUGAACCCCUAGAGGAGGUGAAGCUUGGAUCUUCUUGGAAAAAAACAGAUGAGGAUCUCUGUAAAGAGGAGUCUGAUGCUUUGAUUCAGGAAAUAACAAAAUGUGACCUUUCUACUUGUCACAGAGUAGAUCCUGAGGGUACAGAGCCUCAGCUAAUGGCACCAGAAGAAAAGAUUGACAGAAGUCAAUGCUUAUCUUUAGACUUCCUUGAAGCUGGUGGGCCUCAGGCUGUGGAGUCAACAGAGUUGGCUAGCAAUCCUCAAGUUGCCGCAGAAGCUGCUGGUUCUUCACCUUCAGAAUCUCUCCAUGAUAAGAAGCCUGAACCUAGCGAAACCUCAGAAGGGGGCACACCUGAGCCUUCAACAGAGGAAAUUCGAUGUUUUGUAACAGAAAUUGUGACGGAACUGCUUAUGGAUGAAGAGGAACAGCUAACAGAUGUUACUGUACCAGGUGAAGCAGGAGAAAAGGUGGAAACUGAGACGCACCAUGAGAUAAUACCUGGGGCCUCGGAAACAAAAGAAGAAACCAGAGAAGCUACACUGGUCACGGAGAUAGAACAAGCCAAUGAAGAAUGACCCAGGGCUUCUGGCUGCACUUCAUGGCUAAAAUUUAUGGCUUUUGGCUGGACCUUAUCCUUGAUCGCUCAGUUAAAAUUUAUAUUCCUGUUUGACAAACAAAAAUCUAGUUUUUAUAAAAGCUUGUAUAAACCUAUCACAACUACUGAAUGCUAAGUGAAAACCAUUUUAAGAAAUUUUAAUGGAAAAAUCAAGUUGCCAAGGCACCACUGAGGAACUCCAUUGUUAAACCAUCACACCUGCCAGAAAAUGCCUCCUGCUAUUGUUUCAAAUGGAACUACAAAUUGCAGAACACUUUUACUUGCUUUAGGUAGAAAAUAAAUAUGAAGGAUAAUAUAGCACAAAUAAUAUAAAUUGUAAAUGUGAUUAUAGAUAAUCUUAGAUCUAAGAAUGUAUAUGGUAUAAACUAGGGUGAAAAUAACCAAAAUCCAGUGGAGUUUUUUCAGAUUAAUUGCAUUAAAUUUCUUAGAUGAAGUUUUUUGUAAACAUGUAAGAAUUGUAAUUCUUAUCUCGAAGGGGACCAGAUGGGGUUAGGCUGAUUUAUAGCAUGGAUCCUAUUCCUUCAAUAUGGUAUAGGAAAGAAAAUACAAAUUUCAUUUCCUGAAACUAAUGAAAAUAGUUAUUGUGGUCCUCAAAAUACUUAGAUGGGCAGUAGUAUGAAUGUUGAUAUUUAAAAAUUAGAGGAGAUAGCCUACUAUAAAAACAAUUAUAUUGCAAAUGUCAGGCUAAAAAUGAAAUAAAUGAUUGAUUACAGUAUUCUUUAAACUAUGCAACCAAUAAAGUGAGCAGAGCUGUGCUUCACUCAUUUUCAAAAACACAUUUAUUCUUUGCUGCUAUUUGUGUGAUAUGGCUGGUCUCAUGAGCCUUCUCAAUCGUCUCUAAAAUGUAACCUUAAACUUUGAAAUAAAUAAUAUAUUUGUGAAA